AUGGGACAGAUUUCACCAAAUAUCAAAGAAGGCGCCAAGGUUUCCGUUUUGGGUUCAGUUGUGAGUGAAAACACUGCUCGUCCGCUCUUAGGAGACAUGUGGAAAACCAAACAACUUUCAGCCACAGUUUUACGAGUAGCAUCUGGUACCAAUCGUUGGGUAAUUAGUCUUGAUGCCCAGCCAGAGAUGGAAAUCGAGAUCUCAGCGGAGGAGUCAGCUAAUAGUGAAACCGAUAUCUCGAGUGAUAGCGACCAAAGCGUAAAUAGAGAAACAGCAAUUACCAGAAAUACAAAUAAUAUGUUGUGGAAGGAUGGAGUAGUCACCAUCGAUCCUCGUAAAAUAUCCCGUUUCUAUUCCAAUGCAUCAAUCAUAAAUAUCUCCGAUAUCACACAUGCAUCACCAAGGCAGUUCUUUGAGCAUUUUUUACCCGUCGAGUAUAUCAUGUCAACAGUAAUAACAACGAUGAAUAAAUGUGCACGUGCAUGCGAACAAACAUGGAAUGACUUAACUUGGAUGGAAUUCAUGUAUUUUAUUGGCAUUCUGACGAUUAUGACAUAUGUAAAAUGUACUGAUAUCUGCGAUUACUGGUCUAUUAAAUCAGAAACAGAUGUACCAGCAAACGAUGAACCCUUUUAUUUUGCAUGGCAAUUUCAUGAUGCGUUUAACGACAAUCUCAUUAAAGCUAUUGUACCUG